AUGUCUGUCGAUUUUAACACCGUUGCUUCCGAAUUCUGUAACUUCUACUACCAACAAUUCGACUCUGACAGAACCCAAUUGGGUAACCUUUACAGAGAUCAAUCCAUGUUGACUUUUGAAACCUCUCAAUUGCAAGGGGCCAAGGACAUUGUUGAAAAGCUUGUUUCCUUGCCAUUUGCCAAGGUUGCCCACAGAAUCUCCACUUUGGACGCCCAACCAGGCUCUCCAAACGGAGACAUCUUGGUGAUGGUUACUGGUGAAUUGGUCAUUGAUGAUGAACAAAAUGCUCAACGUUACUCUCAAGUUUUCCACUUGAUUCCUGAUGGAAACUCUUACUACGUGUUCAACGAUAUUUUCAGAUUGAACUACUCUUAG